AACACAAAAGGCCUUCAGCUCUAAUCUGUUUGCUCAGCUGUUGGACAAAACAAGUAAAAAAAAAAACAGUAAUGAAGGGAGAAUGGUACAAACAAUGCUUUGUAUUGCGCUCAGCUCAGUGUGGUGUUUAAGUCUGCUGUGGUUGAUGAGUGAAUGAGAGUCAGGUUUGGAUCAUCCAGGAAGUUUAGGUUAGAGCUCUGGAGACGGUUCCCACUGGUGACCAGAGGGGGAGACAGAGCUCUGACUUAUGUAGUUUCUUCCCUCCAGGCACAAGAUGUCUGUUAGACUGUGACGGGGUCACAUUAUGACUGUGAAAAAAAAGAAACAUUAGUCCUACCUGUGUUUAUGUAUGAGGCAACUAACGUGUUUUUUUGUGAAAAAAUAUGUUAUCCACUGUCAUUUCUGGAUGUGGUCUUUGUGUUAUGUUCAUGGGUUUAUUUAUUUAUGUUAUGGACGAUUCACCUGACGCACGGCAGUCACGCCCCAAGGUUAUUAAAUGGGGUCGCAACAGGUGCGCAAGGAAGGAAAGAAGGAAGGUGAAAGACGCGCUGACAGCUGCCACCGUGCUCUUCUCCAUGACCAAAGACUCCAAAUAGUCAAUGUUCCUUGGUGCUUCAUGUUAACUUCCUUAUGGACGUGAGUUUGACACAACAAAGGCACAUCUGCAUGCCCCCUAAAAUCAAGAAGACCCAGCAGCACGUAAAGAAGGCCAUAAAACGUCUUUGGUAGGUUAUUUUCAGACUGUGCUGUGACUUGUAUGAAGUGCAGAAUGAAGCCAGGGGAUGGUAAAAGCAUGUGUGCUCAGAUGUUGAGCGGAACAGCCAAAGUUGGGCAAAUAAACUUAACCUCAAGCAACCCACAAGGAAAGGAACUUGUUAUUGAGCAGGAUGAUUGGUGGAAAAGUCAAGGCUCUUCUUAUUGGUAACCUGCUUUGCAAAUAUGACUUCAUACAUUCAUCUGCUUGAUUGCUGUUGUGAGUUUUCUUCCCUGUCUGCCGUGAAGCAGGCAGGAGUCUGCUCAUCAGUUCUGCAGCAGUUCAGAACUUGAUACGUGUCCGCUUAUUCCCAAGCACCCUAUAGUUUUCUGUGUUUUGCUCCUGAAAGUAACAGGUUUUUGUUUUGGAAGGAGGGGUUUGUGGGUGCGUGCGUUCGCGUCAUGCGGGUGCGUGAAUCUCUGGGGCGCAGUCUCAUCUGACUCCACGUUCGCGCCGGACCGGGCUCUGCUGUCCCGCAGGUUGUAAGAUAAUGAUGGCUGCAAUGACAGCUUCCCAAAUGAAUUUAUCAGCUGGACAUGAAGAAAAUGGCUCUUUUUAUGAUGACAAGGAUGAGUCGGACUACAGGGAUGACUACAGUUUCCUGCAGGAGCAUGCGGGUCUGAGACAGUCCCUCAACAUGAUGUCUCUCAUAGUUUAUAGCCUGGCAUUCUUCCUGGGUGUGAUUGGGAACGCUCUGGUUAUCUGGGUGACCGGCUUCAAGAUGAAGAAAACCGUUAACACGGUUUGGUUUCUUAACCUGGCCGUGGCUGACUUUCUCUUCACAGCAUUCCUGCCGCUCAGCGUGACGUACACAGCCCUGGAUUUUCAUUGGCCUUUCGGGACGUUCAUGUGCAAGCUGAACACCACCAUCAGUUUUCUGAACAUGUUUUCCAGCGUCUAUAUUCUGAUGGUGAUCAGUGUGGACAGAUGUGUGUCUGUGGUGUGGCCCGUCUGGGCUCAGAACCACAGAAAUGUGCGCAAAGCUUCCUGUGUGAGUCUGUGUGUUUGGCUGCUGGCUCUGGUUCUCAGCGCUCCGUGCUUCAUCUUCAGAGACACGGGGCCGUCCUUCCACAGCGAAGACAGCAUCUCCUGCUUCAAUAACUUUGCUUUCUCCGAAGACUAUGAGACACCAGCCGUGGUCCAGCUGCGCCUUUUUCGCCAUCAGACCAUGACCAUCGUUCGCUUCCUCCUGGGAUUCUUCGUCCCCUUCAGCGUCAUCGUCUUCUGUUAUGCUGUCAUAAUCCAUCGGCUCAGAAGGAACCGCACCCUGGCCAGCCAGUCCAGCCGCACAUUCAAGAUCAUCGCUGCCAUCAUCGUCACUUUCUUCCUGUGCUGGGCUCCCUUUCACAUCAUGGGUGUCAUCGAGUUAGUAACUCACAUGAGAGAAAAUGUAAGUGAAACAUUCGACAACAUCGUCGCCAUCGGACUCCCCAUAGCAACAAGCUUGGCUUUUUUAAACAGUUGCCUGAAUCCGAUACUAUAUGUAUUUAUGGGCCAAGAUUUCAAGGACAAAGUGCGCAAAUCCAUCCUGCAUGUGUUAGAGUCUGCCUUUCAGGAGGACGUGUCCCGCUCCUACACAAACUCUAUGGUCACGAUGCGCAGCAAAGACAAGUCUGUCUCUGAUGCUGAGGACAGUUCAGAACUACAGACGGCUCUGCAUCUGAAAGACAUGACAUCCCAAGGGAACUUUAACAGGGACCAAUUUAGAAAGUAAACAUGAUCAGUAAAGUCCCUCUCUGAUCAUCUUCUGAUCUAUUGUAAGCAGUGAGCUUGUGCAUUGCCGCAGUAGCUGGAGUGGUUCUCCCAUUGUGACGUAGACCAGUGAGAACCGCCCCUUCCAGGAAGAGUCUGCACUGCUAGCUCCGCCCCCAGGCUAACACUAACACCCACUUUCUCUACGGAGCUACUGGUGAUCGGCAGAAGCGGCUCUAUGUUGACGUCAUGAAAUGGGCGCCGCCCACACGGAGCAAAAGUCGGUGUCUUAGAGAUCAAGUCGUCUUACUUCCGGGUAGGAAAAGAACUCAGGAAAAUAACGAAUAUUUAAUAAAAAAUGUUUUUUUCUGUGCCAUAUAUCAUCAUAUACUGUACAUGGAUAUUGUUUACUAUAAAAGGCUUAAGAAUAGCAUGGCUUUAACCUUAACUUUCUUUAUUUAUGUCCUCCAUCAUCACAAAAAUGUCACAAAAACAUAAAACACAAAAACCAGAUUUUCAUCAGAGUGGGUUUUUAAACUUGGCAGUUAUAUUCAGUUUUUAGACAGAUUUUCACUCCAAAACUCCCUCUGUACUCGUGUCUCUUAGCGUGCUUUAUACUUGGUACCUAAUCAGUGCAUCAACUGCUGCAUGUCUGAUGCCUGUUUUGACAAUAAUGUAACUCACAUUUGACUUUAUCUCCAGGUCAGAAGAAUAGAAGCUUUGUACAAAUGAGAAUUACUGUGUUUGUGUAAAUGAAUAAAAAAUCAGCGCUU